ACGAGUCCCCCGGCGGCCGGGAGGGCGCACGCCGCCGUCGCAAACUGCUGACGUGGGCCGGCCGGGAAGGGGGUCGGGGGUGUGGGUCGCCAUGGCGGUGGAUAUCACGCUGCUGUUCCGGGCCAGCGUCAAGACCGUGAAGACGCGCAACAAAGCCCUGGGAGUGGCGGUGGGCGGCGGGGCUGACGGCAGCCGCGACGAGCUGUUCCGCCGGAGCCCCCGGCCCAAGAGCGACUUCUCCAGCCGGGCGCGGGAAGUGGUAAUGUCACCUGAGAUGGCUUGUGGCGUGGUGGCUUUGAGCAUGGACUCUGGGCUCCCCUACCUACUGAUUUCACACAUUGGCAAACUGAGAGAUUUUCUCCUGGAACACAGGAAAGAUUACAUUAAUGCUUAUAGCCACAUCAUGUCUGAGUACGGGAGGAUGACAGACACAGAGCGAGACCAGAUAGACCAGGACGCUCAGACGUUCAUGAGGACCUGCUCUGAAGCGAUUCAGCAACUGCGAACACAAGCCCACAAGGAGGUACACUCCCAGCAAGUGAAGGAGCACAGGAGUGCCGUUUUGGAUUUCACUGAAGAUUACUUGAAAAGAGUUUGUAAACUUUACUCAGAACAAAGAGCCAUCCGAGUUAAGCGAGUGGUGGAUAAGAAGAGACUAUCUAAGCUGGAACCGGAACCAAGGACAAAGACCAGGGAAUCCGUGUCUUCUGAGAAAGUUUCACGGAAUCCUUCACAAGACUCUGAAGAAAAAUCUGUCACUGAAGAAUAUCCAGAAAAGGUUCCGGCUGAAUCCCAACCCGAAUUGGGCACGUGGGGAGACGGCAAAGGUGAAGACGAAUUAUCCCCAGAAGAAAUACAGAUGUUUGAACAAGAGAACCAGCGCCUAAUUGGUGAGAUGAACAGCCUGUUCGAUGAAGUGAGGCAAAUCGAAGGGAGAGUGGUUGAAAUUUCCAGGCUCCAAGAGAUAUUCACAGAGAAGGUUUUACAACAGGAAGCCGAGAUCGACAGCAUUCACCAGUUAGUUGUAGGGGCAACUGAGAAUAUCAAGGAGGGCAACGAAGACAUCAGAGAGGCCAUCAAAAACAACGCCGGCUUCCGAGUGUGGGUGCUCUUCUUCCUGGUGAUGUGCUCCUUCUCCUUGCUCUUCCUGGACUGGUACGACAGCUAGUCUGCCCUGCUCGCUCCUGGCGCAUGGGGCGCUGUCGAGGGUCUCCGGCAUCGGACCAUGGCUGUGCCCAGAUCCUACCAUGUUGGGGGGAGGGGGCGGUGGCAGAGCUAUGUGCUCCCACAAAAGGGACACCCAGACCUGUGGUCUUAGCCCGUUUAAUAGCUGAAAAAGAAACUAAUGAACACAAACUGACAGUGGACUGUGUGGCACUCCUGAGGCAGGGUGGAAGGGUCGUUACUGGCUGCACCCAAACUGGCGGCCGACGUGGAGGGGCUGCCCGGAGGCGGGGCUCAGGGAGGCACCGACCUGGCCCUUCCAGUGGCUUAGGGAAGAGUGCUGGGUGAUAACUUCUCACGGCAAGUGACCAUCACUUAAGUUUCCUGUGGCUUCUUGUCUGCCUGAGCCAAGUGCUACAGAGUCGCUACGUUGUAGAAAACUCGCCUUUGCCUCACAAAUACAAUAAAUGCAACUACGGUUA